AUGCAUCCAAAUAAUUUGUCCAAUGAAUUAUCUAUUGAUGUGCUUACACAUGAUUUUAAUUCUCGCUCAUUUCUCCUAUCUCUUCGUCGACAAAAUGAAAAACAUCGAGAAAUAUGCACAUCGGAACAUGAUCGUCAACAUCCGUCAAAAUAUUGUUCAUAUGAUAAUUCACGUGGUUUUACUCGUUUAAAUAAAUAUCAUAAUUCAUAUGUAAAUUCUUCAAUAUCAUUUCAUAUAAUUAGUGAAAAUGGUAUAAUAAUGACAGAUGAUCUUAGUAAACAAUUACUUGAUGAUAAUUUAUUAAUUGUUCGUCGUCAUUGGCAAAAAUCAAAAAUAUUAUUUUCUAACAAAAUAAAAUAUAUACAAUCUGAUUUAAGUUCAAAAACAAAUAUAUCAUUGAAGAAAGCAAUGUAUGAAUGUCAAGGAGCUCUUUUUAAUUGGAUUUCUAAAAAUCGAUUGAGAUAA